AUGUUGGUAAUCAAGGAAGAGGACUACAACUCUUUAUGGGCGGAACUGCAAUGGCCAGGGGAGAAGUUCGAUAAAGUUAUGGGAUAUUUUCGUAAGUAUGCAGGAUUAGAAGAGGGAUUGAGCAGAGAGAGGCUUUCCAAGCUAUUGCUUGACUUAGGAAAGAGUUGCUAUACUGUUAGAGGAGGUGUUAAUUCAAUAACAGAGAGAGGAGAUCUAUGCUGGAUUAUGAGUGGUAGUAAUAUGUUAAGCGGGUCUCAAUUUAUGUGUUUAGCAGGAUUAUUGGAUAAUUCAACUCCACAUUCUACCAGUAGUCCAGCAGGAUUACUAAGACUGGAAAUGAUAUUUAUGUAUUAUGACAAGGGAAACAAAGGAUACUGGGAUAUGCACGAUUGGGAUUUCUUAAUGAGAGAUAUUCAGUACCCUGCAGAGAAUGGUGAGAAACUGGUCCCUUAUCCAUUAUCAUCUGACCAGUAUAUAAAUUUUGAAACUUUAAAGAAGUUGGUGGACACAAGAAGGCUUAGAGGGACAUCCCAACUUUUGAGAGUUUCUUUCGAGAACGGGAAACUAGAAAAAGAAAAAAGUUUGAAAGUAAUCGAGGAUAGUAGUAACGUAGAUAAAUCCACGGAUAAUGAGAACUUAAUCUUCGAAAUUAACAACCCAAUAAAUAAUAUUGAGAUGUCUGGUUUGAAAGAAGGUGAUGUAGAAUAUGUAAAAUUAAGUGAGAAGACUACAUAUUCUCCAAUCAUUCAAAGUAGAGGUAAUCAAGGUGAAAAGCUUUCGAGCAAAAUGAAUAUUCAAAAACUACAAGUCUUCUCUCCACGAAAAAAAAACCCAGAAAAAAAGUCUCCAUCUAAAAAAAGACUUCAGAAACAAAAUUCCGGAAUUCAGGAAGUAUCAAACGUAAACCAGACUACAUCAUCUCCUCGCCUCUUAACUUCGAGAGAAACCUUUGCUGAAUAUAAUACAAAUUCCUCAGCUUACCAGGAUGGGGUUUCUUCCUAUAUGUCAAGAAUCCCAGUAGUACCAAACUCUCCUAGCUUAAAUUGCACUCCAAUGACAGGGUUCAGAAGAAGUGUUGUGCCAAACCCCUAUUAUACAUUCAACGAUGGAAGAGGAAUUCUAGUUAACCAAGUAACUCCAGUGCUCCCAAACCCUAUUCAGCAUAUGCCUUACCAGAUUCCUGUAAAUGUACCGCAUCAACAAAUGCCAGUUCAACAAUUUAUGGACCCAAUUUCAAAUUACAUCUCUCCGCAUAUUGCAGCUCAGAUGAACAAGGGAGUAAUGCACUCCAAAGCUUUGGAUUUACCUAUGGUUAAUUCUUCAAGCAUUGGAAGUGAAGGUCAAAAUGACUUACAAAAUUUUAAUAAGUUCCAAACUUUUGGGCAAUCUCUUCAGAAUGUGGGCCAUUCAAUUAUGUCUAUGAUCCCAAAGGUUUUUUCUGUGCCUAACAUUAUGGUCGGAGCAAGUAAUUAUUCCUAUGUAUCUCAGGAAGAUAUUCAAAAGAGAGGAAGCAAAAGGUUGAAUGAUGAGGAAAUUAAUACUCAUUUUCAAAGCUCCCCUAAGUCAAUUAUUAACACAAACGAACAACCAGAGAUCAAAGCUGUAUAUGGAGCAACCAGGAAAGUAAGUGAUGAUCAUAAUUCUGUCAUGAGUAGUGAGGCCAUGAAUAAUGGAAUGAUGCUUCCAAACUUUCAUUCUACUUAUUCCAAUGAAAAUUAUCCAAUGUCAAUAGAUUUGUCGAAACUGAAUGUAGUUUCGUUACCUGGAAUCCCAGAAAACAACAGUAAUCUUAAUUCCUACGAAGUAGGAAAUACUGUGAAUGAGAUAAUAAAUAGUGAAGAUUUCUUAGAGGCAGAGGAGGUCAGGAAAAGUAAUAUUCUUAGUCAGGAAAUUAAAUCUAAGAUGGAAAAUAUAACAAAAAAACCGAUCAGAAUUGAAGAUGUAGAUCACUUUUUCACUUUUAUGGAACAGUUGUUAUAUAACGAAAUAAUUGGAAGUGUUGGUCUAUUUGAUAAGGUGAUAGAAAGACACGAGUCUAGCUUUCAACUUUCAGAAAAGGAGGAAAUACUGAUUGGUCCUAUAAUGCAAUUAACGACAAUGGAUCAACUUAUGUUAACAUUUGCAUUGAACUGUGUGGUCUCACAUCAAUAUUCUGGUAAUUCCUAUAAUCAGAAUGAAGGAGUUCUUGGAAAUGGAGUUUCAAUUGAUGUGGUUGGAGAAAAGAUAGAUAGUCUGAUAGAUUUGUUUCAUCGUAUAUAUAGGAUUAUGUACCAAGAUUUAAGGAACGAGGUUGAAAGAAAUGGAGAUACUGUAAUUAGCUCAAGUGAUAUAGAUGAACGGAGAAUUCAAAACAAAAACUCAUUUAUUGGAUAUAGCUUCCUUCCAUAUAUUGUUAAAAUGGUGUGGGAGAAAGUUAGAGCAGCUAUGGAGGGAGAUUUAGAUAUGAUUGAAACUAUUAAAGAUAUUUGUGUUGUUUAUUAUCAUUAUUUACUGGAAUCUAAUGGUUCAUUUGUAAGUGAAAAUAAUUCUCAAGAAAGUUCUCAAGUUUUCAAGUAUAGUUCUGUUGAGGAAAUGAUCGAAGUUGUUAGGCAAAGGUAUGUUGUGGCAAUAAAAAUGUUAUCAUUGAAUAAUUCUGCCAAAACUAAUAGUGCAGAAGCGAAAAAGAUUAAGAAUCAGACAUCAAAAAAAGGACAGGAGCCACAACCUGAUCGACCAGCUUCAAGAAUUGGUCAGCCUUCUUAUGUAAAGUCUAAAACCCAAAGCCAUCAGGAUCAUUCUCAGUUCAAAACUCAAAGCAAGAGCAUUGUCCAGAACCCGAGACAAACACAAACCCAAAUUUGUUAUCAAAACCAGCUUAGGGGCGAAGGAAUUAAUUUAAUUUUGAAGGAAGUGAAUAAGAAUGUUUUUGUACCAGUUGCAAAAAGUAGAGUGAACCAUUCAUCUCCUCACUAUCCCCUAUUGACAGCAACAUCAUCCCCUAAUUAUAACUUAAUCCAGCAGGAAAGCAAAGCUAGAGAUGUAAACAGUAGAGUGACAGCUGGAGGAAAUAGUUCAAGAAGAAGCCUGGUUUUAGACUCUGGAGAGUCUAAUCCAAAUGUGGUUCCGUGUAUAUUACAAGAAUCAGUAAUAGAUACAGAAAACUCCUGUGAAUACCAUUACAACAAGGCAUUAAAUCACCAAGAGUCAGUAACAAGUAAAGGUGAUAUAAUUGGGGGCCCAUCCAUUACAUCAUUUACAUCUUCGGCUAAUAGGAACUAUUUAUAUACGAAUAACACAAAUAAUAAUGGUAAAGUACCAACAAACAUUGCUAGUUACUGCCCAGCGGAACAUGCAUUAACAGACAAGGUACCAGAAACUAGAUUAGAAAGGAAAUCUAGAAUUCCAUCCAGAAUCUUAUAA